CAGCAGUUCUACAGCAGUUGUUCUAAAGCAGAAGAUCAAAAUGGAUAGAAUUUAUCCAUCUACUUGAGAAGUACAGACUGGAGUCUUAUUACAACAAGUUUCUUCAAAUAGGUGUGACAGACGAAAGAGAUUUCAUUGAUAGUGUCACAGAUGAAGAUUUAACUAACCUUGGAUUAACCCAUGUGGAAAAGAGACGCUUUUCUAAUCUGAGAACAGCAGUUACAAGACUGAGAGCACCAGCACAAGAAAGUCUGGCACCUGUGCGGAAGUCUGUGAAAUCAUUCACUCUCCGGUACACAUACCCCAAAUGUCCUGAACCAAAAGUCAUCACAGAAAUGGAUCCUGCACCAAACACACUGGAAGAUUUGAUGUUGAGGAUCCACAGCUUUGAGAAUAUUGGUUCAUCCAGAGAAGUCUGUCUCUACACAGUGGAUGGAAUGCCCCUGACAGAUGAUCCCUUCUUCAACACAUGGUCUCUACAAGACAGACAUAUUAAGGAUGGAGAUAUAAUAUAUGCCAUAUUUACUCCAAAGGCCAACCUGAUCACAUCCGUAACAUCUACAAAUACAAUGGGUACAAUGGAUACAGAUUUUGGCACAAGUAAAAUUCGCUGCCACAUCAUGUUGAAGGGAGACUUUGAAGUGAAUGUGGACUUGGAAAAAGACACCAUUUCUAAUUUGAAAAACAAGCUUGCAAAUGAAAGUGGAAUCCCAGCACAUGUUCUUCAUUACAUAGGCGGAGCUGGUACUGGCAUUACAUUGGAAAAUUAUGGGAUAACAGAGGAGAAAACAGUGUAUUUCUCACUGUCCACAUUUGACGAGGAGGCUCCAAGCUCAAAUGCGUUCUUCAGUACUGAUAUUGUGCCAUCAGUGCAACAAACACCCAAAGGAAUGAGUGUUUUCUUGUCAUCCCUUUAUGUCAUUAAGCACAAGUCUCCAGUUGUUUCACACAACAGUUUGAUUGGCUACAUUAGAAAACUAACUGGAUGUAACCCUCUGGCUCAAAGUUUACAUCAGCUGCUACUGCGGAAUGAAGCCGUUUCCAGGAUUCAAAGGAUUGCAGUUGUUGAAGGAUUGUACACACUCUUUCGAGAGAUUUUGCCAAAUCUUGGAUCAAAACAUGGGGAUAAGAUCAUUGAGGAUGGAGAUGUGUUUGAAUACUCACCACACUGCUGGGCUUAUCUCAUGUCAGAGGCAAAGAAAGAAACAUCACAUCAUGAGAAUUACGCUCCAGUGUCACUGACAACUGAACAAGGCAGACGUUUCUGUGAACCAGUCACUGUAGCUGGAGUGCCAGGUGCCCUGGAAAGAGCUGAUGUACUCAAAAAAAUUAAAGAUGGUGAAAAGAUUCCAAAUUGCACAGAGGCAGUUUUACAACCCACUUCACUUCGGAGGGAUACUGAGAUUGAGAAAAUUUUGCUCAGUGUUCAUCCAUCAAUAAGAACAUACCACCUCUGGAUUUCUCACGGCAGUGUCACUGGACAGAAUUUCCACCUAAACAUUGAGAAGAGCUUUGGAAUGAUGGAAGAGGAAAUGAAAGCUUUCCCUCUACUCUGUGUGACUCCACCACUGCUUUUGAAGGAUCUGGGAUAUCAAGAGUCAUGCCUUGUUUUCCUGUGUGAAGGGGGUUGCUGUUUCAAACCUGAGACAAGUAAAGAUGGUCUCAAGCUAUUUGAGACUGAAACAGUUCUUUCUUUGGAGAUUAGCAAACCCAAAAACAAAGCUGACCCAUCUUCCGUCACUGAGCAAUCUUUAGCAGGAUCUUUUGCAACUCAUGGGUACGAUGACAUCCCAGAGGCAGUCUUACCAAGCCAGAUCAACAGCAAAGUGACAGUAACACAGAACAUCUCAGCUGAGGAGUAUCUGACCACCUGUCAGAAAUAUGACCAAGAGGCCAAAAAACAUACCGUGCAAAGUGCAGGACAGUCACUGGAUGACAUGGAGAAGAAACUGGUGGAACCUGUGAGCCAAGAUAUACCAGAAUAUCUCAAAUGUCCUCUUAGCAAGAAGAUGUUUGUUGAUCCUGUGAAAACAAAACAUGGAGCAAUAUAUGAACAGAAAGCCAUAGAAAAACACCUCAAAAUAUCCAGAUUUGAUCCAUUCAACAAGACAAUUAUUCUUAGAAGAGCUGAUCUUAAAUUAGACCCUGACAUGAAGAGUUUGGUGACAAAGUUUCGCUUAAAUCAAAUUCCGGAAAUCAGUGUGUAGAAAACAGGUGCAGCAUUCAAGAUUUAUCUGCACAGGAAAUGCACUCCAUCGGUGAGAAACAUAAUGUGCUGUGCUCUUUUAAUACCCUUCAGCCAAAUAUAGUGUAAGAUUCUGUUCAAAGUUACUGCCCUAUAAUUGCCCCGCCCCCCGAAGGGGAGGCAAGAGGUAUUGU